AUGAUGGCCGAAAAGACACCCCCUACGCAUUCGCACGAUGCAGAAGACCCAGUCUUAGCCUCAGCCUCGACUGGCAAAGACGUCGCCAUCACCCUUGUAGGCGAACACGCCCAGGCCAUCGACCCAGCAAUCGAAGCCAGAGUACUCCGCAAAAUAGAUGUAUUCCUCAUGCCCGCGAUGAUAGUCGGCUACGGUCUAGUGUACUACGACAAAGCCAUCCUCGGCUCUGCCGUGCUAUUCGGCAUGACGAAGGACCUCUCGCUCAGCGUCGUCGACACAUCGACCAGGCCGCCGACUACAUCGACACAGCGCCUCUCAUGGGCCACAUCGCUGUUCUACUUCGGCAUGUUGGCCGGCUUGUAUCCGAUGACAUUCGCGCUCCAGCGCUUCAACCUCGGACGCAUACUCGGCGGCGUAGUCCUUCUCUGGGCACUCAUCUGCAUGCUGACUGCCGCUGUGACGUCGUAUCAGGGCCUGUACGUGCAGCGCUUCUUCCUCGGGUUUGUCGAGAGUAUCAUCCCCACUGGCUUCAUGUGCAUAGUCUCCGGGUACUACACGCAGCGCGAACAAGCGCUGCGGCAGAGUUGGUGGUUCAGCUCCACAGGGCUUUGGACGAUUAUCGGGGGCGCGUUGAAUUAUGGGUUUGCGCAGAUUAGUUCCGGGGUGUUGAAGAGGUGGCAGUAUAUCUAUAUUCUCGCUGGGUGUUUGACAUUUUUGUUUGGGAUUUGGUGCUUUUUCAUGCCCAAUAGCCCGUUAGAGGCGUGGUUUUUGACCAAGGAGGAGAGGGUGGUGGCGGUGGAGAGGUUGAGGAGGGGCGCGACGGGAGUCAGGUGUCAGGUCAUUAAGCCGUAUCAGCUUCGAGAAGCGGCGUUGGAUAUCAAGGUUUGGCUGGUGUUCAUACUCAUGGCAUCGGCGUACACGGUCAAUGGUGCGGUAUCUGGGUUUGGGCCAUUGAUUGUGAGCACAUUUGGAUGGUCGACACUGGAGUCGAUUCUCUGGCAGUUUCCGCUGGGAGGGUUGUGUUUGAUCACGAUCCUGCUGUCAGGUUGGCUGUCGUCCAAGAUACCGAAUGUUCGCCUCAUCAUCCUGGUGGUCAAUUGUCUCCCAGUCAUCGCAGGCUGCGCUAUGAUCUGGAAGAGUAAGUGGUCAUACCAUGCAGCUCUACCUGUGGCUGGCUAUUCGAUUAUCGGAACGUUUGGCGCAGUCGUCAGUCAAACUAUCUCGAUCGGCAUGUCCAAUGUUGCCGGUGCAACCAAGAAGUCAGCCAUGUCGUCAUCUAUCUUUGUGGCAUAUUGUGUCGGGAACAUAGUUGGGCCACAAUUGAUCAAGAGCCAGACCAAGAGCAGACAUUACCCGGAGCUAUGGCUGGGGCUGAUCAUCUGCUACUGCAUCACAAUCGUCGCCGCCGCGGCACUGUACUUUGUGCUGUGGAGAGAAAACAAGAAAAGGGAUGCGCUGCCACUUGAUGAGGCGGAGAGAGACAAGUUGGCUUUCAUGGAUCUGACGGAUGGUGAAAACCCGUACUUCAGAUAUGUACUGUAG